ACCAUCUAAGCCGGGGAAGGGGCUGGAAACCUCAGCCCUAGGCAGACGAGGAAGUGGCCAGGAAAGCGGAAGCAGCUUUGAUGGUCUCGGAGGGGGCCGGAAGCCAGCCCGGCUGGUGGAGGACCAGGCUGGGGGCCCGGGUUCCUGUUUUCUCCCCAGGCCCCUCUGAGCAGCCCCCUCCUCCUUCAGGGCAGAGACUGCUGCCGCCACCUCGGCCUGCCGGCUGGGCACCAGACACCCGUGCCUGCCAAUGCGGCCCGGCCCCUGGAGAGUCAGGCCCACAGAGCACGCCCAUGUGGGCCGGCGGGGUGGGGUGUCCCCGGCGGGGCUCGGCCCCCGCGCCCACGGAUGACUUCUUUGCUCGCAAGCUGCGCCAGCCGGCACGGCCCCCGCUGACCCCACACACCUUUGAGCCCAGGCCGGCCCGGGGCCCGCUUCUGCGCAGCGGCAGCGAUGCAGGCGAGGCCAGGCCCCCCACGCCAGCUAGCCCCCGUGCCCGCGCCCACAGCCACGAGGAGGCCAGCCGCCCUGCUGCAGCUUCCCCCCGGAUCUUCACCGACCCGCUGGCACUGCUGGGACUGCCAGCGGAGGAACCCGAGCCCGCCUUCCCGCCGGUGCUGGAGCCCCGAUGGUUUGCCCACUAUGACGUGCAGAGCCUGCUCUUUGAUUGGGCUCCAAGGCCACGGGGGACCGGCGGCCACGCAGAGGCCAGCUCUGGGAACUGGGCUUCAGCCGAGGACCAGGCCACCAGCUCAGACCUGCUGCUUGGGGCGCCUGGCUUUGUGCGCGAGCUCGGGGGUGAAGGUGAGCUAGGCCUGGGUGGACCAGCACUCCCGCCUGUGCCCCCUGCUCUGCCCAAUGCGGCCGUGUCCAUCCUGGAGGAGCCACAGAACCGAACCUCGGCCUACAGCCUGGAGCAUGCAGACCUGGGUGCCGGCUACUACCGCAAGUACUUCUAUGGCAAAGAACACCAGAACUUCUUCGGGCUGGACGAGGUGCUGGGCCCGGUGGCAGUGAGCCUGCGGCGGGAGGAGAAGGAGGGCAGCGGAGGCGGCACCCUGCACAGCUACCGCGUCAUCGUGCGGACCACGCAGCUCCGGACCCUCCGCGGCACCAUCUCGGAGGACGCGCUGCCGACAGGGUCCCCGCGGGGCCUGUCCCCUAAGAAACUUCUGGAGCACGUGGCGCCGCGGCUGAGCCCGACCUGCCUGCGCCUGGGCUCAGCUUCGCCCAAGGUGCCACGCACGCUGCUCACACUAGACGAGCAAGUGCUGAGCUUCCAGCGCAAGGUGGGCAUCCUAUACUGCCGGGCAGGCCAGGGCUCGGAAGAGGAGAUGUACAACAACCAGGAUGCAGGACCGGCCUUCACACAGUUCCUCAAGCUGCUGGGUGACGUGGUGCGCCUCAAAGGCUUUGAGAGCUACCGUGCCCAGCUGGACACCAAAACGGAUUCCACGGGCACGUACUCCCUCUACACCACGUAUCAGGACCACGAGAUCAUGUUCCAUGUGUCCACGAUGCUGCCUUAUACCCCUAACAACCAGCAGCAGCUCCUGCGGAAGCGUCAUAUCGGCAACGACAUUGUGACCAUCGUGUUCCAGGAGCCCGGCAGCAAGCCAUUCUCCCCCACCACCAUCCGCUCGCACUUCCAGCACGUGUUCCUAGUGGUGCGGGCGCAGGCGCCCUGUACCUCGCACACCUCCUACAGGGUGGCCGUGAGCCGCACCCAGGACACCCCAGCCUUCGGGCCGGCUCUGCCCAAGGGCGGAGGCCCCUUUGCCGCCAACGCCGACUUCCGGGCCUUCCUGCUGGCCAAGGCGCUCAACGGAGAACAGGCGGCGGGCCACGCGCGCCAGUUCCACGCCAUGGCCACGCGCACGCGCCAGCAGCUGCGCGUUUGCGGCCAGACGCUGCCCAGCCUGGGUGCCCAGGACGCCGCCCAGCUGCUGCGCUCGGCACCCAAGGUCUGCGUCACCGUCCUGCCUCCCGACGAGAGCGGCCGACCCCGCAGGUCAGGGUGCCCGGGACUCAUGUCCGAGGUCGGCAGCGAGACCCUGGAGGAUGAGUGGCAGUCCAUCUCAGAGAUCGCCUCCACUUGCAACACCAUUCUGGAGUCGCUGUCCCGAGAGGGACAGCCCAUCCCGGAGAGUGGAAACCCCAAGGGAACCCCAAAGUCUGAUGCUGAGCCAGAAUCUGGGAGCCUGUCGGAGAAGGUCUCUCACUUGGAGUCCAUGCUCAGGAAGCUCCAGGAGGACUUGCAGAAGGAGAAGGCAGACAGGGCGGCCCUGGAGGAGGAGGUACGGAGCCUGAGACACAACAACCUGCGGCUGCAGGCCGAAUCGGAGAGCGCAGCCGCCCGCCUGCUCCUG